AUGCCGCCCAAGAAGCCAGCGCCAGAGAAGAAGAAGGUGAAGACCGUCGAUGAUAAGACCUUUGGCAUGAAAAAUAAAAAAGGUGGUGCUGCCAAGAAACAAAUUCAGCAAUUGAACGCGCAAGCUGCGAGCAACAAAAACCCCGAUGCCAAGCGAAAAGAGGAAGAGAACAAGCGACGUGCAGCCGAGAAGGCGGCAGCGGAACUCGCAAGAAAGGAGGCCGCUGAACUCUUCAAGCCGGUGCAGGUACAAAAGGUGCCCUUUGGUGUCGACCCUAAAACUAUUCUAUGUGUUUUUCACAAGAAGGGCAAUUGCGAGAAGGGCCGCAAGUGCAAGUUCAGCCACGAUAUGAACAUUGAGCGUAAGGCUGCGAAGAAGGAUCUGUACACCGACUCACGCGAUGCCGAGGAGGAGAAACAGAAGGCCGAUACUAUGGAUACUUGGGACGAAGAAAAGCUGCGCAGCGUUGUGCUCAGCAAACACGGAAACCCCCGCACGACGACUGACAAGGUCUGCAAGUUCUUCAUCGAGGCGGUCGAGAACCAGAAGUAUGGUUGGUUCUGGACCUGUCCGAACGGAGGUGAUAAGUGCAUGUACAAGCACAGCUUGCCGCCAGGAUUCGUCCUUAAGACCAAGGAGCAGAAGGCGGCUGAGAAGGCAUUGAUGGAUAAAUCGCCAUUGAACACCUUCACCUUGGAAGAGUGGUUGGAAUCGGAGCGACACAAGCUGACUGGCACCCUCACACCAGUCACCCCCGAGACGUUCGCCAAGUGGAAGAAAGAACGCCUGGAUAAGAAGGCUGCCGAGGCGGAGGCUCAGGAGGCCAAGGAUGCCACUGGUCGAUCGAUGUUCGAGAGCGGUGAUUGGCGCGAUGACGAAAGCAGUGAAGACGAGGAUGAUGACUUUACCGCACUCCGUGAUGAGACCGAAAGACUGGAGGCGGAGAAGGAAGAGGAGCGUAUGGCCAAGCUUCACGGCAUUGAGAUCCCACUGUCGAACGGUGACACGGCACAGGAGGCCGCGGACUGA